GGGAAGACGGUCAUCAGGGAUAUCCUGCCACCCCUUCUUCUAACAGGCUUCAUCCUGCCUUGAGGCUCAGGGCUGUGUGCUGUAAGUUCAACACUGAGAAAAUCUGCGACAGUCUGGGCGAUGGCAGACAUACUGGAGCUGCGGACAGAUGGAAACUCCCUCUUGAAGGCCGUGUGGCUCAGACGCUUGAGACUCACCAGGCUUCUGUUGGAAGGAGGUGCAUACAUCAACGAGAGCAAUGAACGUGGGGAGACGCCCCUCAUGGUUGCCUGCAUGUCCUCACACAUUGACCAGCAGAGCGUAAGCAAAUCAAAGCUGGUGAAAUACCUGCUGGAAAACAAGGCAGACCCCAAUAUACAGGACAAAACAGGCAGGACGUCUCUAAUGCACGCCUGCAUCCACAAGGCUGGAUAUGAGGUGGUGGAUCACCUGCUGAGCAAUGGAGCUGAUCCCAGUCUUGAGGACAGGAGCGGGGCCUCCGCCCUUGUCUAUGCUAUCAAUGCAGAUGAUAAGGAGACACUUAAGUUGCUCCUGGAUGCGUGCAAAGCUAAGGGCAAGGAAGUCAUCAUUAUCACCACAGACAAGUCACCAUCAGGCACAAAAACUACCAAACAGUACCUUAAUGUCCCCCCAUCACCAGAGCUAGAUGAGAAGUCCUCCACAGCAUACUGCACCUCCCCCUCUGACAUUGAUGUUACUGCAUCUCCCACACCUGAGCAGGAGCAACCAAACACGGUUUUCAGUUUCCAGACAAAGCUGAAAACCUCCUCUUCAGCUUCAAAGCUGGCCAAUGGGCCCACAUCUCCAACACGUAGGCCUGGAAACCCAAAACGUGCCCGUCUGCCUCAGCUGAAGAGACUGCAGUCAGAGCCUUGGGGGUUGAUUGCUCCCUCAGUCCUGGCCGCCGCCGCCCAUGAGGAAAGCAGAAAAGCCAGUUCGGAUGAGGAUGUUGUUGCAGGGGUAAAUGGACUUUCUCUCAGCAAAAGGUCAGCUUUAUCUCGACAGAGCAGUGUAGACGGGAAGGAUAGCAUCUUUCCACUGGUGGGUGAACAAGCCAGCAAAAUGAAAACCUCACAAUCACUUCCUCUUACCUCUAAAGCAUCAUAUGAGAAAACUCUGUGUCAGCAUCAGCCACUGGCUCGACGCAGCACUGUGCCAACAGAACAGGAGAGCAGCGGCAGCUGCAGCAGUGGCCCUGUUACUCUGAGAGACACAAUGCACCGGAGACGCCUGGGGAACGAUCACUAUGACUCAGACUCACAGCUCUAUUCCGAUUCUGCCAUGUUAGACUCUCCCAAGAUGCCAGUGGAGCGAAGGAAACUAAACACUUCUCCGCUAGCUUUGCUGACCAGCUCCAGAGAAUCUCUGGACAGUAAUGUCAGCCCAUCCUCUCCAAGCACGGCACACAGGCGAGUACCUGGCCUCCUGGAGAGGAGAGGCUCAGGCACCCUGCUGCUGGACCACAUCUCCCAUACCAGGCCCGGCCACCUGCCCCCUCUUAAUGUCAACCCCAACCCUCCCAUUCCCGACAUAGGGGCAAGUAGCAAGCCCUCUUCACCCUUGGCCACAGGCAUUAGAUCCAUAGCUCCAGUAGCACCAAACACACCAAAGAGAGGCGGCCUCAAGUCCAAAAAGAAACUCGUGAGAAGGCACUCUAUGCAAGUGGAGCAGAUGAAGCAGCUCUCUGAUUUUGAAGAGCUGGCUCAUUAG